AAUGAAAUGUUGACAUUAUUUGUUGAUCCUUUCCCCAAGAUCUUAUCCGUGAAUCAGUAAUGACACAGCCGAGGGAGAAAUCAUAGUUCCAAAAAGAGUCCGCAUUCGAUUAGUGUAGUUGUCGAACUAGACAGUUAAAAUAUUGUAGAGAUGCUGCGCUUAUUGGGUUUGGGGAGAAGAGCAACUUCAAUCUCGUCCAGUUUUUAUGGAAGUUCUCGAAGAGGAAGCACCCUUGAGAUUAUUGCCAGAAGGGGCUUCUGCUUUGGGGUCCUUCCUGAUGGCAUUGACCGCAAUUCCGAGGCCUUUGCCAGAAACUCUAAUUCCAUGGCGGACAUGAUUUCAGAGCUCCAAUCUCACGUAGCCAAGGUACUUGCGGGUGGUGGAGCUGAGGCAGUGAGGAGGAACAGGAGUAGGAAUAAGCUUCUACCCAGAGAAAGAAUUGAUCGCCUAAUUGAUCCGGGUGCUUCAUUCCUCGAGCUUUCACAGCUUGCAGGACAUGAAUUAUAUGGAGAACCUUUGCCUUCUGCUGGGAUUGUUACUGGAAUAGGUCCUGUGCAUGGGCAACUUUGCAUGUUCGUGGCGAAUGAUCCUACAGUUAAGGGAGGGACUUACUAUCCCAUUACUGUUAAGAAACAUCUCAGGGCACAGGAGAUUGCUGCUCAAUGCAAGUUGCCCUGCAUUUAUCUUGUUGAUAGUGGAGGUGCUUUCCUUCCAAAGCAGGCUGAUGUCUUCCCGGACAAAGAGAACUUUGGAAGAAUAUUCUAUAACCAGGCUAUAAUGUCAGCUGAAGGCAUUCCACAAAUUGCAUUGGUAUUAGGUUCUUGCACUGCAGGGGGUGCCUAUAUACCUGCUAUGGCUGAUGAAAGUGUGAUGGUCAAGGGAAAUGGAACCAUUUUUUUGGCAGGGCCUCCUCUUGUGAAGGCUGCUACUGGGGAAGAGGUCUCCGCAGAGAAUUUGGGGGGUGCAAGUGUUCAUUGCAAGACAUCAGGUGUUUCAGAUUAUUUUGCUCAAGAUGAACCACAUGCACUGGUUCUUGGGAGGAACAUCAUUAAGAACUUGCAUAUGGCUGGGAAAGACAUCUUGGGAAAUGAAUUGCAAAAUGUAAAAUAUGAAUAUAGAGAGCCACUACAUGAUGCCAACGAACUUCGUUCUAUUGCUCCAACUGAUCUCAAGCAGCAAUUUGACAUCCGAUCAGUUAUUGCUCGGAUUGUAGAUGGAAGCGAAUUUGAUGAAUUCAAAAAAUUAUAUGGCACCACUCUUGUAACAGGCUUUGCUAGAAUAUUUGGACAGCCUGUUGGAAUUCUUGGAAACAACGGAAUUUUAUUCAAUGAAUCUGCCCUAAAAGGGGCUCAUUUCAUUGAAAUAUGUACUCAACGAAACAUUCCUUUGGUCUUCCUUCAGAACAUUACUGGAUUCAUGGUUGGCUCGAAAUCUGAGGCAAAUGGCAUAGCAAAAUCUGGAGCAAAAAUGGUAAUGGCUGUUUCUUGUGCAAAGGUACCUAAAAUCACUAUAGUUGUUGGUGGAAGCUUCGGUGCUGGAAACUAUGCAAUGUGUGGUCGUGCAUAUAGUCCCAAUUUCAUGUUCUUUUGGCCAAAUGCCAGAAUAUCUGUGAUGGGUGGUGCUCAGGCUGCUGGAGUGCUUGUCCAAAUUGAGAAAGCCAACAAGAAGAAGCAAGGCAUUCAGUGGAACAAGGAAGAAGAAGAAGAGUUCAGGGCAAAAGUAGUGGAGGCGUAUGAGAGAGAAGGGAGUCCGUAUUACUCCACAGCAAGGCUAUGGGAUGAUGGAAUCAUUGAUCCAGCGGACACUAGAAAAGUAAUUGGUCUCUGCAUCUCUGCUUCCAUGAACCGUGCCCCAGAAAACACCAAAUUUGGUGUGUUUAGAAUGUGAUGUAUUGUAAUCUUAUUCAUCUUAUUUUGUACAUAAAUCAGAAAACUUCUGUUUCUAAAUCAUUCUUUGUGAUUUAAUAAAGAACAAAAAAGAGGCUAACACGUUGAUAA